AUGCUGUGAACACAUUCUAGAAAAAACUCAGUGGCCACCGGUUUUUUUGUUAAGAAAGAAAAAGGGAAAAGUUGUAGUUUCUCUUUACCUAUUUACUUGUUAGUAGCCUUUAUGAUAGUUUGGUUUUAUAGCUGACGUUCCAGGAGCAGCAUGCAAAAGCAGUUGAUGGUUUAUCGACUUUCAGGACUCCUUUUCUCGUCUCUAUAUAGACUUCCCUGUUCCUUCAUCUUCCAAACCCACUGCUCUUAUUAAGUUUCAUUCUGCCAUUUCCUUUUUUCUUUUCUAACAAUAUUAUAACUCUUGCACAUCCAAUACUUGUAUACUUAUUCUGUUCUUUAAGCUAUGUGCAUAGCUGCGUUUAUUUGGCAAGCUCACCCUCUCUACCCUCUCUUUCUCUUGCAAAAUAGAGAUGAAUUUCACAACAGGCCGACAGAACCAGUGGCAUGGUGGGAUGGAUGCGAUGUGUUGGGGGGACGAGAUGCUGUAGCAGGAGGAACAUGGUUGGGGUGUUCAAGGUCGGGCAGAGUUGCUUUCCUUACAAAUGUCUUGGAGCUUCAUGCUCUACCUGAGGCAAGGAGUCGAGGGGAACUCCCUGUCCUUUUCUUGGAGAGCCCAAAAAGUCCAAAGGAAUUUGCAGAAAUGCUGGUGAAAGAGGCUCAUCAGUACAAUGGGUUUAACCUUAUAUUGGCCGACAUAUCAUCAAAAAGCAUGGUCUAUAUCUCCAACAGGCCCAAAGGGGAACCUGUUGUCGUACAAGAGGUUUCUCCUGGCAUUCAUGUUCUUUCCAAUGCAAAGCUUGACUCACCCUGGCCCAAGGUGCAGCGCUUGAAACUGAAUUUUAAGGAGCAGCUCGAUACAUACGGUGGUGAAGAUGAAAUACCUGUUGAAGGGAUGCUUGAAAAACUAAUGAGGGAUACUGUUCGAGCUGAGAAAAGCGGGCUGCCUGGCAUUUGUUCUCUUGAUUGGGAACACAAUCUGAGCUCCAUAUUUGUUGAAGUUCACACCCCACUGGGAUGUUACGGCACAAGAAGCACUACUGCUUUGACUGUAAGAGCAAAUGGAGAAGUAAGCUUCUAUGAAACGUAUCUUGAAGACAAUAUUUGGAAGGAAAAGACUGUGAAUUAUCGGAUAUUGAAAGCUGAAGCAUAUUGAGAGAGUCGGAAGUAAUUACUAGUGCCUAUAUAGGGAACCAUCCAUUUACAUGCUUGAUUUGAUGUAUCCGUCAUUGCAGGUUGACAGAUAAAAGAAAAUGUAGUAUAACCUUUUAUCGACUAAGCAAAACCCUAUUUAUGGAAUAUCAGCAUAUAGUAUGUGCCUGUGCUACAA